CCCUCAAGCAGAACCAGUCCCGGCGGGCUCGAUAAGCUGUUAAGUUUCCCUUCGUUUUCCGGUCUGGAAUUUGCUUUUGAUGGUGUACAGUUCCGUCAGUUAAAACCUCGCUUAUAUCUCGAAUAAUCCAGAAGUCAACACCCGAGCUCACUCAGGAAUCAAUUACUCAAUCAUGACUGCAAACCUCGGUACCGUGAUCGUGGCCGUCGACGGCAGCGAAGAGUGCAUGUACGCCUUGAGAUGGGCGCUCGACAAUCUCAAGCUUCGAUCUCCUGCUCCCGACUCUACUGAAACCUCUUCCGGUGGUUCUUUCAUCAUCCUCCACGUUCAGUCGCCACCGAACAUUGCUGCUGGUCUCAAUCCUCGCGCUAUCCCCUUCGGUGGACCUACUGAUGUAGAAGUGCCUGCGAUUACUGCGGCGAUCGAGACGCACCAGAAGCGCAUUACAAAAGCCGUUUUAGAUCAUGCGUUAGACAUUUGCCGCCAAAAAGAUGUUAAGGCGAAUGUUAAAACAGAGGUGGUAAUUGGGGAGCCGAAAGAGAAAAUAUGUGAAGUUGUAGAGAAUACGGAUGCCGAUUUGCUUGUUAUGGGAUGUCGUGAUUUUGGCCCUAUUAAAAGAAUGUUUCUGGGAAGUGUAAGCAACUAUUGCACCAACCAUGCACAAUGUCCGGUCAUUAUUGUCAAGGGCAAGGAUGCUUCAGCAUCAACUUAAAAGAGAUCAAAGCAUAUGCUGUAUAUGCAAUGUGCUUCUGGGAUGGUCGAUUGAAUUCAAAAGCAUGCUGUAGAUAUGGAGUGUGUUGUAUUGUAUACAGAAGCCUGCGUAAGGAAUGCCUGAGGUUGAAAUUGUUGUUCUGUUGCUCAUAUGUCUGUAUCUUAAUUGUUGUUGUACACUUGCAUUAAUUAAUAUAUUCAUUUAUUUACUCUGGGAA